AUGCCAAAUAUGGUGCUUCUACGAAACCCCCUUCGGCAUCCUGAAAAAUUUCAGUUGAUUUCUUGGGACACAGCCUCUAUCUCAGGACUCGAGAAGACUGGUCUGGUUGAUAUCGAGCAUUACCAGUUCCCAGAGACACUCCCAGAUGAAGUCCUUGGCAAAAUGCAUGCAGCGCCCAAGCCAAAUAUCCCUGUCAUCACUGUUGACAAGCUGACUGAAGCUGACGGUUUCCUGUUUGGCUUCCCAACCCGCUUUGGUGCAGCACCCGCUCAGGUUAAGGCACUGUUUGAUGCCACUGGCAGCCUGUGGGCCAAGGGGGCCCUGUACGGCAAGCCUGCUGGCAUUUUCUUCUCUACAGGCUCACAGCAUGGUGGGCAGGAGACAACCGCAUUCUCCUUCCUGCCCAAUCUGGCACACCAUGGCAUGAUCUACGUGCCUACUGGAUUCCGUAACCAGAAUCUGUUUGACAACUCGGAGGUUGUUGGCGGGUCGCCCUGGGGCACUGGAACUGUUGCUGGUGGCGAUGGCUCCCGUCAACCUAACGAGAAGGAACUGUCUGUGGCUGUGACACAGGGCGAGGAGUUUGCCAAGGUCGUUGCCCGCCUCUCGGCUUAA